AUGAAUAAUUUAAUAAUAAUCGUGGUUCUAUCGUGUUUCACACCGGCGGUGUUGCCAGCUAAGUACGUUUUGCCGAAAUGGAAGAAACAGCCUUCGACGGUGGCUCUAUACGAGAAGAGUGUCCAGGCGUGCGAACUGCCGGCGGUGCAGAGCGAGCAUAGCCACUACAUCUGCGACGACAAGGGGGAGCCCAAGUGCCUGCCGGGGUGGCAGGGGGACCUCUGUGACGUGCCGAUUUGCAGGAAGGGCUGCGAUCCGUUACAAGGGUACUGUAAGAGACCAGGGGAAUGUCGCUGCAAGAUGGGAUUCUACGGUGAGAGAUGCAACAAAUGUAUUCCUCUGCCUGGUUGUCAGCAUGGCUACUGUAACGUGUCUUUUGAAUGUGUGUGUAGAGAUGGCUGGGAUGGUAUCUUCUGUUCGGAACCUAUCUGCCGUUCCGAUUGCCACGCUACGCGAGGUUUCUGCGAGUCGCCGGGCGAGUGUCGGUGUCGUUUGGGAUGGGCUGGUCCGACAUGCCGCGCCUGUCAGUCACUUCCAGGGUGCCAGCAUGGAUACUGUGAUAAGCCUUUGGAAUGCAAAUGUCUGCCAGGAUACACUGGCUUGUUAUGUCAAACGCAGCAAUAUGAACUUUGUCCACAGCAAUUUGCUCGACUGGAUGCCACGGGGAGCGUGGGUAUUGCAGACGACCAGGGGAAUGCCGCUGCAAGGUUGGGUGGACUGGACCAACGUGUGCUCAAUGCCACCGUUACCCCGGGUGCGUCCACGGCACGUGUAACAGACCCUGGGAAUGCAUUUGCAAGAAAGGAUGGGGAGGAAUGUUGUGCGAUGAAGAGUGCCAUCAAAUUGACAGCUGACUUCAAUUUGAUCACUGAAGUUGCUAUUUCAAUAUCGGCGAGGAGAAAACGUAAUUGGCAUAUUGGCACCAAUCAAAGAUGUGUUACAGCUAUAUAUAAUUAUAAGUUGAAUUACUGCGAGAAGAACCCAGACACUUGCAAGAACGGGGGUAAAUGUCAGUCUUUGGAAUCAGGAGACGGAUUCUUCAGAUGUCAAUGUGCCGAGGGUAUCAGCGGAAAACACUGCGAGAAUAUACCGGAGAGUAUGAUACCUGGCAAUUCUACUGAGACUACUACUACAGAAUCUAUUGUGGUAGAAGUUUCUACUAAACCAGAAGACGCAGAGGAAUCGGAUGAUGGUGAUGACAAUGAGACUGAAUAA